GUUGUUUCCAGGUAGUCUGGCGGGAUCCUGUCUGAUGUGUCAUGUGACAUAGUCGACAUUCCAGGGCUGCGUCACGCUAGCAUAUAAAAGAACGGCUUGUCGUCGUCUUGGGCACAUCCUCUCAGCAUCAAGCAUCAAAACAGCAAAGAUGGCUUUGGCUUUUCGUGUGCUGCUCCUCCUUUGUGGGAUCGGUGGACUUGUGACUGGAGCUUUGUCAGAAGAGUACACAAAGAAGUGCAAAGAGCGUUCCUGUCCUAAAGGCUGGUAUCUGUUGAAUGAUCGCUGUUUCAUCUUCAUAGAUCAAUUAAGGGAUUUUGCAGACGCAGAGGACAUCUGCCUCCUCAAAGGUGGGAAUCUGGCUUCGAUUCGUAAUGCUCUGGAGAAUGCGCUAGUCAACGCACUUAUUAUGCAGGCGGGUAGAGAAGACAACAGCACCUGGAUUGGAUUCCAUGACACCCUCCAGGAGGGUAACAACCUAUGGACUGAUGGCUACAAGUUUAAAUUCAGCGACUUUGUCCCAGGCCAGCCAGAUAACUUUUUGGGCAUUGAGGAUUGUGGCGAGAUUAAUAGAAGAAAUAAAUGGAAUGACGACUCAUGCUUGGAUUUAAAUUACUUUGUUUGCGCCAAAGACGUGAAGUGCGAACACUAACCCUGUCGUCUGCAAUGAUGUCAUUCCACCGUCUUGAUGGCUUUUCUGAGACAACAUUGGACUUCAUUGGGUGUUCAUACUGUAUGUCUGGAUGUCAUUAUAGUCUUUUCUUUUUCUUCUACACGGUUCCAUGUUUCCUGAUUGUCAGUUAAACUAAUUUGGACGCUCAAAGGGUAUCUCUGAAAUA